GUUUGAUGGGUUGGGGGAUGGUGCGGGGUUGGUUGCAACUGCGCAGACGCCAAAUUUCCCCCCAAACCUAAAACGAAAAAAGUUGUGAAAAUUUGUGGCGAGCUUCCAGACAGACACAAAUUUCCAGCCAAUCGAGUCAUCGCGAAUUUCUAGUUGCCAAACAAGAAAAGUGUAGUUAACUAAGCCCACCAAAAAACCAAAGUGUGUUAAAUAAAAUAUAUAGAAAUGGAGCAAAUCUGGCGAAAUGUGUGCGCUCACUAUGAAGUGCCCGAGGAUGUGACCAAUGCUUGGUACGCACGCAUCGAGCAGCAUCUGAGCGUCGACAGUCCGACGCGCGCUUAUCACAACUGGCAGGAGAUGAUGCAGCGUAAGCAUUCGCAUCUCUCGGACUGUUCGCCCAGCAUUGCGUUGGCCGCCUUCUUCCAGUACUAUCACUUUGAUGGCAAUCGCAGCUGCGUCGAAGAGAACUGCGAGGUGUUCGAGGAGUUUUGUCGUGAUGCCAACAUCGAGGAUGAUCAUGCAAAGUCGCUGGUUUGCAAUUUAUUGGGACGCAAGUCGCCCGACAAUGAGCUCACCUGGUCCAAUGAUGACGAGGCCAAUUUGCUGCAGGACGUCGAUCUGGUUGUCCUUGCAGCACCGCCAGAGGAGUACAAGCAUUACACAGAGCUGUUGAGGCAUGAAUAUGCCAAUCUGGAUGAUGACACCUAUAAGAUGAUGCGCAUCAAGGUGUUGGAGACUCUAUUGAUUAUACCAUGCAUAUUCUCCACUACGGAAUAUCAUGAGAAGUACGAGGAAUUGGCACGCACCAAUAUACGCAAUGAGAUACGAGAGCUUAAGAAGUAAAUG